AUGCUGGUGGUCCUGCUGACAGCGGCCCUACUGGCCUUGAGCUCCAUUCAGAGCUCAAGUGCAGAUUUUGAGAACCAACGUCAGGGCUCUGCUAAGGAAGUAGACCCGCCACAAGAAAGCACCCCUGGUGAUGAUGCAGAUGAAGGUGAUGAUGAAGAAGAAGGUGAUGGUUCCCAGGAGGCACCACCCAAGCCACCUCCUCGGCCUCCUCAGGGAAAACCCCCUAGACCACCCCAGCAGAAACCUCGUCCACCACCUCCUUCUGGAAACCAGCAGGGCCCACCCCAACAAGGAGGCCAGCAACAGAAUCGCCCUUCCCGUUCCUUAAAUAAACAAGGACCACCCCAGCAAGGAGGCCCACAAAAACCACCCGGCCCCCCUCGUCCAGGAAACCAGCAGGGACCACCCCCACAAGGAGGCCAGCAGCAACCCAAUGGUCCUCCUGCUCCAGGAAACCAGCAGGGACCACCCCAACAAGGAGGCCAGCAGCAGAAUCGCCCUUCUCGAUCCUUAAAUAAACAAGGACCACCCCAGCAAGGAGGCCCACAAAAACCACCUGGCCCUCCUCGACCAGGAAACCAGCAGGGUCCACCCCCACAAGGAGGCCAGCAGCAACCCAAUGGUCCUCCUGCUCCAGGAAACCAGCAGGGACCACCCCAACAAGGAGGCCAGCAACAGAAUCGCCCUUCUCGAUCCUUAAAUAAACAAGGACCACCCCAACAAGGAGGCCCACAAAAACCACCUGGCCCUCCUCGUCCAGGAAACCAGCAGGGACCACCCCAACAAGGAGGCCCACAGAAACCAAACGGCCAUCCUCCUCCUGGAAACCAGCAGGGACCACCUCAGUCAGAAGAGAGUGAAUGA